AUGAGCUUUCGUGACCUAAACCAGCACCCGGGCGUGAGCAGGUACCGGCAGCACCUCUCGUGGUGUGUGGGCGGUGAGGUGCAGGUGUCACUAAUCAACUCAUGUGUUACAGGUGUGGACGAGAAGGUACAGGUGUUCCGCGUGAGGCCAGAGAGUGUGGAGGUGCGGGAGGGAGAGGACGUGACGCUGAGGUGUGAGGUGGACAACCAGCAGGGGAGAGCCCAGUGGACCAAGGACGGCUUCGCUCUAGGGUUUAAGCGCCACGUGCCCGGCUACCCCCGCUACAGGUACCUGGGGGACGCUAGUAAGGGUCAGCAUUAUCUGAUCAUCAAGGGCGUGACGUUGGAAGAUGACGGGGAAUACCAGUGUCAGGUCGGCCCUACCCUCACCUCCCUCCCUAUCUGGACCGCUGCUAACGUCACUGUCAUGGUGUCGCCUACGAGUAUCAGCGUGGUGGGUGUCGGUGACGGGGAGGUGGUGGAGGUGGUAGCUGGUGAUGCUUUAUACCUGGAGUGUCUGGUGACGGACGCCCGCCCUCCACCCACUGUCACCUGGUACAGAGACGCCAUUGCCCUCCAUCAAGGGAUGCAUCAGGAGGUGGUGGUAGCGUCCAAAGAGCCCCGGAAAUGGAGUGUGAGGAGCCGCCUGUUGCUGCACCCUGAGGCGGAAGAUGACGGUCAGCAGUACUCAUGUCAGGCCCUCCACCCCGUCCUCCACCACUCACCCACCACACUAGUCGCCUCCGUCAACCUCGCCGUCUUGCACCCACCUGGGCCACCUGUCAUUACUGGUUACGUCACAGGUGAGGUGUUAGUAGAGGGGCAGCAGCGCACCUUGAUAUGUCAGGUGGUAGGUGGUCGGCCACGCCCUUGGGUCACCUGGUACAGACACGGCCGCCCACUCAACCUGGCCCUCACCCACCUCAUGAAGACCCCGGAGCUAGAGACAACCACUACCACCACGCCUAUUACUACUAAAGGAGUGAGCGCCAGGCAGAUAGUAACGGCAGCGCGGGCGGAGGAUGGAGCAGUGUAUGAGUGUAGAGUGUCAAGUGAUCAACUGCCUCGACCCCUCACCACCAACGUCACCCUCACCGUGCACUACCCCCCGGUGCAGGUGACGGUGACCGGCCCGACCGUGGUGGUGACUGAUCAGGUGUUUACCCUAACCUGUACGACCUCACCUGCCAACCCUCCCGCCUCCCUCACCUGGCGUCUACAAGGGUCGAGCGUGUCAUCGACGGGCGCUGCUGUGGUAAGGAAGGACUCGGGUGGGGGAUGGGUGACCUCUAGCCAGCUGACGCACCACCUGUCAAGCUCCCCCGAGGCCACAGCUCAGUGCCUGGCCUCGCACUCCGCCGCCCACCACGCCCUCACUGGCACCCACAACCUCACCGUCAUUAAGCGACCCAGGUGGCCCGUCCUUCAGGUGGAGGAAGAAGGUAGACAGCUGGUGGCAGGCGACCAGCUGAGUGUUGUGUGUACCUCCAGGGGCGGCAACCCUCCCCCAGCCCUCACGUUGUAUAAGGCGGGGAAAAAGGUGACGGCGACGGUGAAGGGGGUGGAGGAAGGAGUGACUGAGGGGCGUGCUGUCUUACACCUCACGCCCUCAGAUAAUGGCCAGGAAGUGACAUGUCAAGUGUCCAGCCCAGCCACGAGUACCCCCAUGACCGCCCACACCACCAUUAACCUGCACUUUGCGGCAUGGAAGGUGUCAGGGUGGGUUAAUCCCCCCAGGGUGUCAGAGGGCCAGGUGGCAACGCUGACCUGUGAGACCACCUCCAGUGUGCCUCCCUCCACCAUCACUUGGCACUCUCAGAUGACACUUGUGACUCGCCCCACCCUCACACACUCUCCCGGCCUCUACGGUGGCACCAUCACCAGGUCGACGAUAAAGGUGCAGACAACAGCAGAGGAUAAUGGACAAAUCUUCACCUGUGAGGCAGACAAUGGACUUGGAGUGAUCGUAGCUACCAACAUUACUCUCAACGUCACCUACGGGCCUGUAUGGUUGUGGGCACCAUCAGGGGUGGUGGAUGUAGAGGAGGGGCAGGACCUGACAUUAACAGCCCUAGCCAGUGCCAAUCCUGGAUCUGUCAGGUACAGGUGGUGGAGGGGUCCAGGUGCAAUUGAGGGUGAGGCCACAGAGGAGGGAGGUGGUGAGCUGCAUCUGAGGCGGGUCCAGCGGCACCAUUCAGGCAACUACACAGUGGUAGCCCGAACACCCCGCUCUGCCAUCAACUCGUCCUUCAGUAUCAAUGUCCAAUAUGGGCCUGAGGAUGUGUUGGCAGCUGAGAGAGUGGUGGUGGAUGAAGAUGGCACUGCCACCAUCCUGUGUACUGCUGCUGGCAACCCCCUACCCAAAAUUACCUGGACCAGGGCCUCUGACAACACCAGCACAGUCAGAGUCCUAGCCACUGGCAUAGGUGAAGCUGAGAUGGUGGUGGAUUCGGCAACCCAGCACCACACAGGCAUCUACCUCUGUCAUGCCUCCAGUGUUGUGUCUUCUCCACCUCCUGUAACCACUGCCAUCGUUGUCACACAAGCACCAGUUGUAGCCACUGGUAACACAGAGGAGGAAGAGCAGGAGAGGGGCAGUUCACGAGCAGCAGUAGGGGACAGUGGUUGGUUGGAUUGCCGCAUGAGAGCAUCACCACCACCAACCUUCAGGUGGACCAGCAGCAGCAGCGGCCAAGUGCUCUCUAACACCAAAAAGUAUUCCAUCCACGUCCCGCAGUUGGUGGACAAAGUGAUGGAGUGGUCAUCACUGUUGGAGAUACGAAGUGUCACUGUGCUGGACUACACUAACUAUAGCUGCACAGCCCACAACUCUCGGGGCUCAUACACCACCACCUUCACCCUCAGGCCCCCCAUCAUCCCCAGUGCUCCAACAAUACUGAAUGUCACAAGUGUUUCCUCCACCACUGCUGUUGUGAUGUGGACGAAUAACAUUCUUGGAGCACAAGCUACUGGUUUCACAAUAAGGUACCAACAAACUGGUACUUAUAUAUACAAGCCUGUAGAUGUUCCUGGCAGUGACUCAGUAACUUCCACACUUAAGGGUCUGUUGCCGGGUGCUGAAUACUCCUUCACCAUCUCGGCCUACAAUGAGAACGGCCAUUCAAACUAUAGCUCCCCACCUAUAACAGUCACCAUGCUAGAUGUGAUGAAAGAAGUGUCCAGCAGUAGCACCGUAGGUGGUCAUCAGCCAAGAUUGCCUCGCCUCAUCCUGCUUCUCAUCUCUCUCACCGGCACUGCCCUUCUAGUCCUUAAUAUCUCAAUAAUUGUUUGCUUUGUCAGACGUCGAGCCAUAAAAUUAAACAUAUCAGCUUCUUCAAGCAAGACAACCACCUUAGAUGUUUAUACACCUACAUAUGGAGAAUCUAACCAUGGUGAUGAGCUCCCUCUCACCUCUGUUGAUGUCUUCUCUCCCCCAAAGUACUCGUCACUUGAGCAUCAGACAAUAGUGGACAACUGUGAACAGACCAGCCGUGUCAUGCCAUAUGUUACCAGUGAACCCUCAGAGCCUCUUCCUACACCACCAUUAAGUAGAGGCAGCAGAUCAAGAAGCACAAGCCCUUUACUAAAUGGAGGGAUUAAUCUUAACAGCAACAGAAUACUUCUUGACAAGGGUGAAUUACCUCCAGAAAAAUUGUUUGCUCCUGGCAGCCCGUCAAAAUCUGAUAAACAGAUUUUAAGAGAAAGAAGUCCAUCAGCCCAUUCUUCAAAUAACCCUGAUGUGUGCCCAACAGCUUCAAGUAGUCAUCAUCCUUCACUGCCAAAACAGGAACCACAUCAACCCACCUCAGAAACAGAACAAGCAUCUCUGUCAUCUGAAGAAAGCAGUGACUCUGAUGACUUUUCACCAAGACAACUGCCCUCUUCAUGCCAGACAUCAAGGCCAGCAACACAAGUUAUAUACCAUGGCCAGCCACAUCUUCAGCUGCAGUUAGAACAAGAACAGCACCAUCAUUACCCACAUACCUUACCAUAUUCCCAACAACAGUUACAAUCAUCAAAUUAUAGUCAGCCACAUAGACAAGAAUUGUCAUUCCAUUCAAGUCUGAAUCCUGCUCAGCUUUCAACUUCUACUUCAAGUUGCUGUGAUGCCAAUUGUAGACAGUCAAUUGCUACAGAUAUUCCUGUAGGAUAUGCCACCCUUCAGCCUCGCAGAAGUUGUCUUAAGAGAUCACCAUACAACACCCUGCAGCGCUCCCACUCAGCCCACAACUACACCUCCAACAGCCUGCGUUGUAUUAACCACGACCCUUGUAUGGAAAUGCAAACAGCUAUCUGCUGCCAGAAUGACCUUUGUAGUAAAACCUUGUUUCAAACUCCACAACCUCAUAGAGUUGUUUAUGGUAGAGCACAUGAAUUUCCUAUAUAUUAUGCCAGAUCAAGCACUAUUGGUAGAGGCUGCUCCAGACAUAACAGUAUUAGUGAACAAGUAGGGUAUUGGGGUAUUUCCUACCAAGAACCAAAUUGGACCUCUGUAACACCGGAUAUCUGUAAAGUAGAGUCUUCAAGCACCAAGAGAGUAGGAUGGAAGGAAGUCCUCCAUGAGAGCCCUGGACCAAGUACAAUGGCUUCUCGAGGUUCAAUUGACACUUCAACAUCAUCCACUACCUCCACUGUCACACUGGGUCCAACAAGGUUUCCUCAGCACUGUGACGUACAAAAUAAUUUGGGCAACAGUUCACAAAUUGUUGACAUGGAUGACUAGGCAUAAGACAACAGAAUUAGAAAACGGUCAAUAUUCAGACAACUUAGAGAGUCGAGCCAAAACCAUCACCACUACCACCACUGCCAGUAGGAGGCCCGGCACCCCGACUGCCCCGCCACCCUCUGCCGAGCCAGCCGCUUCACCUCAGCGAUUCCUGCGGCGGUUUCUUCGUCUUUUCUUACUCUUGCGACACUCCUCAGCAGGGAUACAGGCCCCACGGUGCAGCACAGUGGGGUGUGGACAGUAGCAUCCUGCCCUACAGCUCCAAGUGUGGCAGUUGGGGUUCGGUUUUGGGUUACGACAGGUAGCUCGGCAGGGUGGUGCACACUCCAUGUACUCAGCACCAUGGGGACAUUCCAGGCCUGUACGAACACAACACAACACAAUGUAGAACUUCUCACACAUGUUAUAAGAAUAAAAAAUUUAACUUCUGGAUAU